GCCGGCCCCCGCGCACCCCCUUGUCCCUCUGUUCCGUGUGGGGCGUCCGGGGACGCGCGGCGGGGACGUGGCCACGGCUGCGGAACGUCCCAAGACCGGGUUCCGGUUUCCGCGCAGCAGCCGAGCCGCUUUGGUCGAAGGCCCCCGGGCACCCGGAGCGCCAAAGCGGAAGGACCCCGGAGGUUGUCUGAAGGCCGAGGGCAAGAUGGCGGCGCUGGCUGGUGAGCGGGCCGGGGCGGCGGGGUCGGGGCGUUGUUGGCUACGCUCGGAAUUGCAGGGAAAGCCGUUCUGCACUCCUGGCCUGCUCCGCCCGGUCCUUGCCCUGCGCUCUGGCGUGGUUGCGGCUGUGCAGGUCAGAGGUGUCCAUCUGAGCGUGGCCACUGACGGUCCUAGCAGCACCAAGCCUGCUGUGUCCAUAGCCGGAGCUGUGGUCUCCAAACCCAGCGCACUUCCCAGCAGUCGGGGCGAGUAUGUGGUGGCCAAACUGGACGACCUCAUCAACUGGGCCCGCCGGAGCUCCCUGUGGCCCAUGACUUUUGGCCUGGCCUGCUGUGCCGUGGAGAUGAUGCACAUGGCGGCACCCCGCUACGACAUGGACCGCUUCGGCGUGGUCUUCCGGGCCAGCCCGCGCCAGGCGGACGUGAUGAUCGUGGCUGGGACGCUGACAAACAAGAUGGCCCCCGCACUCCGCAAGGUCUAUGACCAGAUGCCAGAGCCUCGCUAUGUUGUGUCCAUGGGGAGUUGCGCCAACGGAGGGGGCUACUACCACUACUCCUACUCGGUCGUGCGGGGCUGUGACCGCAUCGUGCCUGUGGACAUCUACGUGCCAGGCUGCCCGCCCACGGCCGAGGCCCUGCUGUACGGCAUCCUGCAGCUGCAGAGAAAGAUCAAGCGCGAGAAGAGGCUCCAGAUCUGGUACCGCAGGUAGUGCGGGCUGCCUGACCUCUGGGAGCCGGUCAAUAAACCUUUAUACCCGCCCCACCA